AUGUCGAAUUUUAAUACAGAAUUUAUUAUGGAACUUUUCUUAGAUGAUAACGUUUCGACUUUAAACAGAUUAAUUGUUGCAACUGCAAAUACCGUUAAUGAAAAUUUAGAAAACAUAUCUUAUAUAAAAAGAACUUUAUUAAAACAACAAGGGAUUAUAGUUCAGCCUUCUGAUCAAUUCCGAUCUCUCAAAGACGUUACAAUCCCAUACGAAAACAAGAAUUUUUUUGAACUGAUUGUCAAAAACUUUACAAAUGAAGAAUACAUGAUUAAAUUUAAAAUGCAUAAGGCUACAGUACAGGCCUUAAUAACAUUUUUAAAAGAUCAUUUUAAACCUGGUAGUUCCAUAGUCCCUCUCGAUAAGAAGGUACAUGUGUUCCUUUGGGCAUUGGUAAAUGAUUGUUCAUUUAAAGAAGUGGGACAAAUUUUUGGAUUACAUAAAUCAUCAGUAAGUUACAUUUUUCAUGAAAUUGUCAUGCUACUAGCGGAACAGCGAUAUCAGUUCAUAAAUUGGCCUUCAUUGGAGGAGCAACAUAUAACAAGAGUAAAAGUAAAUAGUAAGUAUGGAUUUCCAAACUGUGUGGGUUUCCUUGACGCCUGUAGACUUAAGGUUGGUUCAAAAAGAAAAAAAAGGCAAGUUAGUAAUUUUAUACUUCUCCAAGCAGUUUGUGACGAAACCUUGAUGUUUAUUGAUAUUCACAUUGGAGAAAUAGGCAAUACUGUAAAAGGUAAAGUUUUUAGGGAAACUCAAUUAUGCCAAGAACUCAAGAAUUUCAUAGACUUUGAUAAUCAUUUAUUAGGUGAUUGUGAAUAUAAAUUGAGAAAAAACUUGUUAAUACCUUUCUCUAGCGAAGAACUGGUCUCUAGUGAAGAAAUUAAAUUCAAUGAAAUACAUUGGAAGGCUCAUUCAUAUAUUGGAAGUGCAUUUGAAUUGUUGAAGGAAAGAUUCCAAAAGUUAAAUCAUAUUGAUAUCAAUAGGCCUGAUGCGGUUCAAGCUUUAAUAUGUGCAGCUUGUGUCUUACAUAACUUUGUGCUGUUACAUGAAGGCACACCGGUAAAAGAAGAAGCAGUAAUUAAUGAUGAAGGUGUCUCAAUUGAUACUAAUGUAGUUAAGAGUGCAGUUGAAAAGAGACAGUUUAUAUGUAAUUAUAUUAAUUACAUCCACAAUUUAAGGUCAGAAUACACAGAAAGAAGAUGA